AUGAGGGUCGCUGCUCUGAUCAGUGGUGGAAAAGACAGCUGUUAUAAUAUGAUGCAGUGCAUUGCUGCUGGGCAUCAGAUUAUUGCUUUAGCAAAUCUAAGACCAGCUGAAAGUCAAGCUGGGUCAGAUGAACUGGACAGCUACAUGUAUCAGACAGUGGGUCAUCAUGCCAUUGACCUGUAUUCAGAAGCUAUGGGCCUUCCUCUCUAUCGACGAACCAUACAAGGAAGGAGCGUGGAUACUGGACUAGUGUACACUGAAUGUGAAGGUGAUGAAGUCGAAGAUCUUUAUGAGCUUUUGAAACUUGUUAAGGAAAAAGAAGAAGUAGAGGGCAUAUCAGUAGGUGCCAUACUUUCUGACUAUCAGCGUGAUCGAGUGGAAAAUGUGUGUAAAAGGCUUAAUCUCCAGCCUCUAGCUUACCUUUGGCAGAGAAACCAAAAAGACUUGCUCCGAGAAAUGAUAACAUCUAACAUUCAAGCAGUGAUCAUCAAAGUAGCAGCUUUUGGUUUAGAUCCAGAUAAGCACCUGGGAAAAACCCUGGAUCAAAUGGAACCUUACCUCUUGCAGCUUUCUGAGAAGUAUGGAGUCCAUGUUUGUGGCGAAGGAGGAGAGUAUGAAACAUUCACUUUGGAUUGUCCUCUAUUUAAGAAGAAAAUAAUUGUGGAUUCAUCUGAAGUAGUCAUGCAUUCAGCUGAUGCAUUUGCACCUGUGGCAUAUCUGCGCUUUUUAAAAAUGCACUUGGAGGACAAGGUGUUCCCAGAGCCUGACAACAACAGAACGUCUAAUUAUAUCCACAAUUCUUGA